GGAAUGUUUUGAUAGCGGGCGCGCGCGAGCGACCGGGGACGCGCUCUGGCGGCCCGGGCGCGAGCGCGAGGUUAUCGCUGUUGGAGCCGAGCCCUUGGCCUGGGGCCGGGCGACCCUGGGGUGCUCUGUGCUCGGGUCCCAGUGGCUGGGUGUAGGGAGGCAACUCAGCCCACUAGGGUUAUCAGCUAUAGGUCUGGCUUGACUUCUCCAACAUCCGCAAGAACCCUCCUCCCCCCCCCCCCCCAAGCCCAGGCCCUACCUACUGGGGAUACAUGGGCCCAGCUCGACACUGACCCAAUGCGCGGUGAGUUCCCUGAGGGACAGAGCUCCCACCGACUCCCCAGGAAUCCCACUGGGGCCAGGCGGGGCCAAUAUCCACCGUCCCCGGGGUCUGCAAUGCUUGGGUGAGUACCUCCUUGACCCUGCCUGGCUCCAGGGACCUAGGGAACCCACAGAUUCCCACAGGAUCUGGCUACAUUGGCCAAGACCAAUGCCUGUCUGCUAGGUCUUCUGUGUUAGGAAGCAGGUUGAAGGGACUACCCAGAAAGAUCUUCAGAAAAGGUUCUUAUUAGGUGUGUUGUGGACCCUGAGAGGCAUGUCUGAGUUCUGAAGCGGAGAUUUGCAAUGGGGAGAUAGUUCCGAGGGCUUGUGGCCUGUACUAACUCCAUGUCCACAGGGUCAGUUAAGUUCCUCCUUGGUAUUCUAGAGGGGAAUGAGUGGCCCCUGAUAGUACAGUCGUAGUCUGUAAGGGUACUCUUCCCCCCCGUAGUCUCCCUGCCCUCCUCUUAGUGGUGAGUGGAUGGGUGGGAGGGUUGGAUUCUUUUCUCUCACACCCCUCCCCUCCUCUUUGGGGCCUGACACCUUUUCCUCCAGCAGCUGUCCAGCCAGGGCAUCCAGGACUGGAGUGGAGCAGACACUGUCCAUGGAGCUGGUGGACGCAGUGGACAGGGGGAGGUGGUGAUGGCGCAGUUUGACACUGAAUACCAGCGCCUUGAGGCCUCCUACAGUGAUUCACCCCCAGGAGAGGAAGACCUGUUGGUGCAUGUCGCUGAGGGGAGCAAGUCACCUUGGCACCACAUCGAAAACCUUGACCUCUUUUUCUCUCGAGUUUAUAAUCUACACCAGAAGAAUGGCUUCACAUGUAUGCUCAUUGGGGAGAUCUUUGAGCUCAUGCAGUUCCUCUUUGUGGUUGCCUUCACCACCUUCCUGGUUAGCUGUGUGGACUACGACAUCCUAUUUGCCAACAAGAUGGUGAACCACAGUCUGCAUCCUACUGAGCCCGUCAAGGUCACUCUACCAGAUGCCUUUUUGCCUGCCCAAGUCUGUAGUGCCAGGAUUCAGGAAAAUGGCUCCCUCAUCACUAUCCUGGUCAUUGCUGGUGUCUUCUGGAUCCACCGGCUUAUCAAGUUCAUCUAUAACAUUUGCUGCUAUUGGGAGAUCCACUCCUUCUACUUGCAUGCUCUACGCAUCCCCAUGUCUGCUCUUCCAUACUGCACAUGGCAGGAAGUGCAGGCCCGGAUUGUACAGACCCAGAAAGAACAUCAAAUCUGUAUCCACAAGCGUGAGCUGACCGAGCUGGACAUCUACCACCGCAUCCUCCGUUUCCAGAACUACAUGGUGGCACUGGUGAACAAAUCUCUCCUCCCUCUGCGCUUCCGCCUGCCAGGCCUUGGGGAGGCUGUCUUCUUCACUCGUGGCCUCAAGUACAACUUUGAGCUGAUCCUCUUCUGGGGGCCUGGCUCUCUGUUUCUCAAUGAAUGGAGCCUCAAGGCUGAGUACAAACGUGGAGGGCAACGGCUAGAGCUGGCCCAGCGCCUCAGCAACCGCAUCCUGUGGAUUGGCAUCGCGAACUUCCUGCUGUGCCCCCUCAUCCUCAUCUGGCAGAUCCUGUAUGCCUUCUUCAGCUACGCUGAGGUGCUGAAGCGGGAGCCGGGGGCCCUGGGAGCACGCUGCUGGUCGCUCUAUGGCCGCUGCUACCUCCGCCACUUCAAUGAGCUGGAGCAUGAGCUUCAGUCCCGCCUCAGCCGAGGCUACAAGCCUGCCUCCAAGUACAUGAAUUGCUUCUUGUCACCUCUGCUGACACUGCUGGCCAAGAAUGGCGCCUUCUUCGCUGGUUCCAUCCUGGCUGUGCUUAUUGCCCUCACCAUCUACGACGAAGAUGUAUUGGCUGUGGAACACGUCCUUACCACUGUCACACUCCUGGGGGUCACUGUGACCGUGUGCAGGUCCUUCAUCCCAGACCAGCACAUGGUGUUCUGCCCUGAGCAGCUGCUCCGCGUGAUCCUUGCUCACAUCCACUACAUGCCUGACCACUGGCAGGGUAAUGCCCACCGCUCGCAGACCCGGGACGAAUUUGCCCAGCUCUUCCAGUACAAGGCAGUAUUCAUCUUGGAGGAGCUGCUAAGCCCUAUCGUCACACCCCUCAUUCUCAUCUUCUGCCUGCGACCUCGGGCCCUGGAGAUUAUAGACUUCUUUCGCAACUUCACGGUGGAGGUCGUUGGUGUCGGAGAUACCUGCUCCUUUGCUCAGAUGGAUGUUCGCCAGCACGGUCAUCCCCAGUGGCUCUCCGGAGGGCAGACGGAGGCCUCAGUGUACCAACAAGCAGAGGAUGGGAAGACAGAGUUGUCACUCAUGCACUUUGCCAUCACUAACCCUGGCUGGCAGCCGCCACGUGAGAGCACAGCCUUCCUGGGCUUCCUCAAGGAACAGGUUCAGCGGGAUGGAGCAGCGGCGAGCCUGGCCCAAGGCGGUCUACUCCCUGAAAACGCUCUUUUCACUUCUAUCCAGUCCUUACAAUCGGAGUCCGAGCCCCUGAGUCUUAUUGCAAAUGUGGUAGCUGGCUCAUCCUGCCGGGGUCCUCCGCUGCCCAGAGAGCUGCAAGGCUCCAGGCACAGGGCUGAAGUUGCCUCUGCUCUGCGCUCCUUCUCCCCUUUGCAACCUGGGCAGGGCCCCGUAGGCCGGGUUCCCAGCACCAUGACAGGCUCUGGGGUGGAUGCCAGGACAGCUAGCUCAGGGAGCAGCGUGUGGGAAGGACAGCUGCAGAGCCUGGUGCUGUCGGAGUAUGCGUCCACGGAGAUGAGCCUGCAUGCCCUUUACAUGCACCAGCUCCACAAGCAGCAGACCCAGGCUGAACCUGAGCGGCACGUGUGGCACCGCCGGGAGAGCGAUGAGAGUGGCGAGAGUGCCCCUGAAGAGGGGGGAGAGGGUACUCGAGCUCCCCAGCCUAUCCCGCGCUCUGCCAGCUACCCCUGUGCUGCACCCCGGCCUGGAGCACCUGAGACCACUGCCCUGCAUGGAGGUUUCCAGAGGCGCUACGGGGGCAUCACAGAUCCUGGCACAAUACCCCGAGCUCCCUCUCAUUUCUCCCGGCUGCCCCUAGGAGGGUGGGCUGAAGAUGGGCAGCCAGCGUCAAGGCACCCUGAGCCUGUGCCUGAGGAAGGCUCAGAGGAUGAGCUUCCCCCUCAGGUGCAUAAGGUAAGGGUUUUAGGGUCCAAGAACAACUACCGGAAGGAGCAAUUUCCAGACUAAAGUGACAGCUUUCCAGGUGAAGGGAGGUAUCUCCCACCCUGUUCACUUUCUGCAAAAUACACUCCCUUUCUUCCUCGGUUGCUCUGAAGUUCAGGGGUUGGUUUUUUCUUUGCUUACCUCCCCAGGAAUCAAACUUCCCUUUUUCUCUAUCUCUAGGCUCCCAUGGGGAAAAUAUCUCCCAUUCCCAACCUCUUCCUUCCUUUUUUUCUGACUUCUUUCAGUCUUUCCUUAUUAGUGUACAUUAGUUUUAUACAGAGGAAGAGUUCGCCGUUACCUUUCCACACUUGUUUAUAAUAUAUUCCAAUCAAUCUCACCCCCUCUAGAAUUCUCCCCACCAUUUUCUCUUCACAGGUAUAGACAGUGCUGAAGAGUGUCCCCAUGCCCAGGAUGGAGGCCUUUGCUGCCCUGCCAUCCCAUCCAUCUACCAUGGGAGGGCUCUUCUGAGUGUUGCCUGGCUCCACAUGUAUGGUGUUUGUGUGUUCGUGCCUGGCCAAGGGAGGUGCCAACACUGGGCUUGCCACAGCCCCAGGAGAAGAAGUUGAGGUCUAGGAACCAGGAGCACACAGAACUCAAGCCUCAUCCCAGAAUCCCCUUGGCUCAGAGUGUGGUGCUAGAAACUGGUCCCCAGCCCAGUCCCAGACUGCCACCUUUGCACUGACCCCCUGCAAGACUACAGAGGGCUGCCAACCACAGAAGCUGCCAAGCAGGGAGAACCUGUGCCAACUGUGGAGUGGGGAGAUUGGGCCUGGACCCUCAACCCCUGCAGCCUGCCCCUCUACCCGGAAUAAAUGAGCAGCUCAGGCUGUGGCCCUUACCUCACCCCUAGUUCUUGCCCAGUGCUGCAGCCUGCUCACCUCUCUUCUCCCUGCACAUCACUGGCAUGUGUGUGCUGCUUGCUCCCUUUUGGUUGGCUUGUUUCCCGUCCGUUUGGCUUUUGCUUUAGGGAAGAGACCCUAAUUCCCAGCCACCCCUAUGCUAUCUUUUGACACUAAAGAAGGAAAGUUUCUAAGUUGCAGGAAUAGGAUGAACAUUCUUUGCUAUCGUCUCCAAUUUUUAGGAUGGGCCCCUGGGAGACUGAGGUCUUCCUUGGCCCCCUUUGCUGCUUAUAUUGUACCCAUCCCACACGAGACUGACAGGAUUGGAGUGUGACCUCAACUGUCUACAUCCCAGCAAGAGUUGUAGCCCGCAUCCCACUGUCCCCUAAUAGACAGAGCGGGUGAUAGCCUUGCCCUAGGCUGCCACAUUGCAUGCUGGGACUCAGCUCCUACCCUCUGCCCCACCCCCUUCCCCAGCUCUGAUCUGCUGCUUCGGGAGAGUGUCUUCUGCCCCAACUCACAGUGGACCGGGGUGGGGACCGUGUACAGCUUGAUAACCCUUAAUAAAGAAGGGACUUUGA